AUGAAGAGGCCGAAAAAUAGCUCGGAGGAAUUUCGAGAGGGUGGCUAUGGUUGGGUCUGUGUUGCUUGUACUUUUUUCAUGAACGCGCACACAUGGGGCAUCAAUGCUGCUUACGGGGUGUUCCUUGCAUAUUACCUUUCGUCGGACCUUUUCCCUGGUACAUCAGCUCUCGAGUAUGCCUUCGUGGGAGGGUUGAGCAUUUCUUGUGCCAUGCUCAUUGCACCCCUCGCCACCUAUCUCUGCCACAGGGUAUCUCAUCGAUUCGUCUUGAAUCUCGGAACCAUCCUGGAAGCGGUCUCGUUGAUAACGUCGUCCUUUGUGGAGGCCAAUUGGCAGCUCUUCCUGUCCCAAGGCGCAUGUUUCGGGUUUGGCAUGGGCCUUUGUUUCUGUGGGUCUGUUGGCAUCACUUCACAUUGGUUCAAGAAACGGCGAAGUUUGGUUAAUGGCAUUGCUUCAUCUGGCUCUGGAAUAGGCGGGCUGGUUUAUUCCCUCGCAGUUGGGAAGAUGAUUCCAGAACUCGGCUUUCCGUGGGCGAUGCGCAUACUGGCGAUCCUGUGUUUCGUUAUAAACCUGAUCUGUUCCAACCUCCUUCGGAUACCCUCAUACUCCGCCUCGCUGAAAGGAUCACCGUUUCGAGUAUCCAUCAUAUGGAGAUUGGAUUAUCUCUUAUUGCUAGGUUGGGCGAUUUUGAGUGCCCUAGGAUAUGUCGUCCUGCUGUUCAGUUUGCCCAGCUUCUCAGUUGCAAUUGGACUCACUCAACAACAAGGUAGCUUAGCAAGCGCACUCCUCAAUCUCGGUCAGGCAAUUGGACGUCCGGCCGUCGGCCUACUGAGUGAUCAUUUUGGGCGAAUCAAUGUUGCCCUCAUUGCCUCUCUUCUGACAGGCCUUCUGUCAUUGGUGUUUUGGAUCUUCGUCGACUCUCUUGGUUUGACAUAUUUCUUUUCAAUAGCCGUGGGGCUAUUUGCUGGGACCCUUCUAGCUGCUGCCGCACCACUCGCAGCCGAAGUUGUAGGUCUGCAGGAUCUCGGCACUGGACUGGGGAUUCUGUGGUUCACACUUUGUCCGCCCACGACGGUCGCUGAAGCCAUUGCGCUGCAAUUGAGAGAUGAUUCGCAGGAGCCCAAGCCCUAUCUCCGAGUGCAGCUUUUUGUUGGAUUUAUGUAUCUGGGAUCUGCUGUUUGCUUGGGCUUUUUGAUGCUCGAACUCCGGAGGAAACGAGCUCUUGCCGCCAGUUCAGCCUGA